UCACCUUUUCGGCCCCCCCUCGUGACGCUGUCUAUCAUUACGCUCCCAUAGAAACGGUUACGUAGAAGGACGUGCACGCGCUUACCAGAAACCGGAAGGAAGAGAUGAAAAACACAGUAGCCGUUCCGUAGUUUUGAGGGGUAAACUUAAUAUUUACGAAUUAAUAAACAAACCAAACAUUGACGAGUCCAAAACUUCGACAUGGGAACUACGGCGAGUCAACUCGGAAAGGAUUUACUGUCGGAAUAUCAAGAGUUGACAUUCCUCACCAAGCAAGAGAUACUUCUUGCUCACAAGAGAUUCACUGAACUGCUCACGAAAGAUGAGAAGGAUCACCAAAAUACUCGAGUAUCAAUGGAAAGGAUUCUCACUCUUCCUGAGCUGAAGUCCAACCCUUUCAGGAAAAGAAUUUGCCAUGUCUUCUCAACAUCUGAACAGAAAGAUGGAGGCCUCACAUUUGAAGAUUUCCUUGAUCUUUUGAGUGCCUUCAGUGACUCUGCAACCCUAGAAAUCAAGUCCCACUAUGCAUUCCGUAUAUUUGACUUUGACGAUGACGGGACCCUUGAUCGUGGUGAUCUGGAGAAACUGGUCAAUUGCUUGACUGGUGAGACUGACGACACAAGACUAACCACUGAAGAAAUGAGACAACUCAUCGACAACAUUCUUGAAGAAUCGGACAUUGACAAAGAUGGAACUGUAAACCUGUCAGAAUUUCAGCACGUCAUUUCAAGAUCUCCAGAUUUUGUCAGUUCUUUCAAGAUUGUGCUCUGAAGACUUCUCGUGGGGUUUGGAAAUGCAUCAUCCUUUAAUUCUCUAGCCUGGCAUGCCAGACUGACUUUAUUUAUGUGUUACACACAUAUAAAGACAUGUUUCCCCAUGUAUCCCUGAGCAUGGAGAGACAUUCUGGUGUGCCAGGCUAUUAAUUCUCACACUGUGUUGUUUAAUUUUAAGUUAGAUAAAUUUUAGAUACUUGCCUUAAAUUAUAGCUACCUGUGGAUUUUACUGCCUUAACUGAUUUAUGUAUCAUUUGUUAAAUAUAGAACCAAUAUUUUACUAUC